UCAAAAAUAACGUAGAGAUCGAAAUACACUGAAUCGUUGACAAAUCCCAAAACAUGCACUAAAUGUUUUACCGCAGAUCGAAGAAGGGAUCAUCAGUGUAAAAAUUUGGCGUCGCAUUCACAAAACUAUUUAUCGAAAUCCCAGAAACGAAUUUGGAACAUAGUGCGUUAAUCAUUCAAAAGGUCUUUGUUAUUGAAAAAUCGAUUCUUUGUUCUGGUUUGGAUCUGAGAAAGUGUCGAUAUGAGAGUUCGAUCUAGAGGGUUUAAGAGACAAUGAGUGGAAUGUCCUUUGGACUUGAGAGUUAUGGCUUACUCAAACCUUGAGCUUUUGAGUCUGCAUUAUCUUCUUCUUGUUUCUUCACAAUGCUCACUUCUAAUUCUAAAGAGAAGGAAAGGUCUCUCUCCUUCUUAUGUUGCUGGUACUUAGGUCGUCGACGAGUUGCUAUGCUUCUACUUCUCAGCCUUGCUUUUGUUGUCUUUGUGUUGGGUUCCUACACUAUCAACAAAGAGAGCAAUAGUCCAAAUAUUCAUCAGAGUAUUGAGACGAUGGAUUUUGGAAGCAACCAAACACCGAUAAGUAGAGAAUUGACUUCUUUCUAUACAAAGGAGUCUGAUAAUGAUCAUGUUAGAGAUCCUUUUUUGUGGAAUGGCAUUGGAGGAAGUGAUGUAGACGUCAACCAUCCUCCUCCAUUCUUACCUUCAUGGCAUCACCAUCCGUGUGAUAGUUUUUCUUUUCCUCCUCCUCCACCACCUGGAAUGAGAAGGCCUGGUCCACGCCCUUGUCCGGUAUGCUACCUACCUCCAGAAGAGGCCUUAGCACAUAUGCCAAAGUAUCCAUUUGAAUCUCCCUUGCUCAAGAAUUUGACAUAUAUACGUGAAGAGAGUCCUGUAAAACCUGAAGAAAGUGAAGGAGGCUCUGAAUUCGGAGGUUAUCCUUCUCUCGAGCAUAGGACUAACUCUUUUGACAUAAAAGAGUCCAUGACAGUGCAUUGCGGGUUUAUUAAAGGAACAAAACCGGGCCACCAAACUGGAUUUGACAUCGAUGAGGAUAUCCUUCAUGAGUUGGACCAGUCCCAUGAUGUGAUUGUCGCGUCAGCGAUAUUUGGAAAGUAUGACAUAAUUCAAGAACCGGUGAACAUCAGUGAAAUGGCGAGGAAGAACAUCCCAUUCUACAUGUUUGUUGAUGAAGAAACACAUUUAUACCUUAAGAACACGUCGAGUUAUACAGACGAUAACAAGAGAGUGGGAUUGUGGAGGAUCAUUGUUGUACAUAAUGUCCCUUAUACCGAUGCACGGCGUAAUGGAAAGGUUCCGAAGCUUUUAUUGCAUAGAUUAUUCCCAAAUGUCCGGUACUCUAUAUGGGUUGAUGCAAAGCUCCAGCUUGUUGUAGAUCCAUAUCAAAUCCUUGAAAGGUUCUUGUGGAGAACGAAUUCUAGUUUUGCAAUCUCGAGACAUUACCGACGUUUUGAUGUGUUUGUAGAGGCUGAAGCGAAUAAGGCCGCAAGAAAGUACGACAAUGCCUCAAUAGAUUACCAAGUAGAGUUCUACAAGAAGGAAGGUUUAACACCUUAUACGGAGGCUAAGCUUCCAAUAACAAGUGAUGUCCCUGAAGGUUGUACCAUCAUAAGAGAACACAUACCGAUCACAAACCUUUUCACAUGUGUAUGGUUCAACGAGGUAGAUCGGUUUACUUCAAGAGAUCAGCUAAGCUUUGCAAUUGCGAGAGACAAAAUAAGAGAGAAAGUUGAUUGGAGCAUCAAUAUGUUCUUGGACUGUGAAAGACGCAACUUUGUGAAACAGGUAAAAGCAGAGGAAACUACAGUUUUGUUUCGGUUUUGAUUUGUGAAAACCUGAGACUUGUUUAUCCUUGAUGACAGGUAUAUCAUAGAGACGUUUUGCUGACCAUGAAACCUCCUCGAGCUUCUUCUAGAGUUCUUCCCGAGCCACUGGUUUUACCACGUGGAAGAUUAGCCGGUGGUAGAGCCACGCCGGGUAAGAAGACUCCGGGACAACGCGGGAAAAGGCGUCACCGGAAAGUUUCAGCCGGUGGCAGAAACAUGUGAUAGAGAGAGAGAUUCCACACUUUUUCUUCUGCAAGAUUUGUUUUUGAUGCAAUAUUUUUUGGCUCUUAUUCUAUUACAUACAGUUCAAAGUAGUUUUUUUUUUUUUUGUGUGUGCACAAUUUCAAAGUAGGUAGAAGAAACAAAUCUCGUGAGUUUCUGUCAAAAGAACCAAAGUGUGGUUUUCAAAUUUUGCCCUCUAACUAAAAUUAACUGAUAAAUAUUUGGCCAAUUUGAUUAUAUAUAAUUUUUGUAAACCAUUAUUAUU